AUGGUACGGGAGCCGGUCAUCUACCGGUUGGGGCACGACUUCGACCUGGUCACCAACAUCAGGCGCGCGGACGUCAGAUCGGAUGUCGGCUGGGUGGUUCUGGAGCUGGAAGGCUCCGAUGAAGAGAUCCAGCGCGGCCUGGACUGGGUUGGCAACACGGGCGUACGGGUUGAUCCCAUCGCGGGAGACGUCAUAGAGGGCUGA